AUGACCUCCACAAACUCCAACGCGCUCACAAAGCGUAGCGCCGCCGGUGCGCUCAUGCCGCCUCCUCCCGCCCCGAAGCGGAUCAAGCGACCCUCGAUUGUUCUGGACGAAGACACAUACGUCUCGGCGGUCUCGCACAUCAUUCGGCGCGACUUCUUUCCCGGCCUGGCCGAGGCGGAUGCGCAGCGCGAAUACAUGAAUGCGUUGGAGAGCAAGAACAAGUCAUGGAUUCGCGAGUCUGGAAAGAAGCUCACCCAGGUCAUGACACCUGUGCCAUACGGUCAGAGGCGAGCGGCGGAUAGGACAAGUCGGCCAGGCGCAAGCUCUGCAGACAAGACUCCCAGCAUCUGGGCCACAGAUACACCCGUCUCGGUCGCCGGUACUGAGGCUGACGAAGAAGAUGGCGACGGCCUGGGAAAGCUAGACAAAUUCGAUCUGGACAUGUCUCUCAACGCGUUCCAGGCAAAAUACACAUCAGAAGACCAAGAGUCCUUCAGCGCUAUAAUCGAUAAGCAGAACAAGAAGAAAUUCGAGAAGAACCCCUGGCUUCACGACGGCAACCGCUACGCCUCCAAACAGCGCCUCGCCCAGCAGAAGGUCCUCGCCGCACAAGCUGCCUCAGACAGCACCGCGCUCACCAUCCGCCCCAGCCAGAACCUCGACGACCGCCCCGCCGCGCCCACAAUGCACAAGCACACCGCCUUCAACACGCUCAUGUUCGCCCCCGACUCGGUCGAAUCCUGGGCCCCCACAAACCUCUCGCGCGCAGAACAGCAAUCCCUUGCGCCCCCAAAGCAGACCCGCUACGCAAACACCCGUCUGCCCGCCGAGCCCGAAGCUGCAGCGCACCCGACGAGCCCGACACUGAGCGCAAUCCGCGACGCGGUAUCCGGGCGCCCGCGCCUCAGCGUCAGCGAAGGCGGGUUUACAGGCAGCGAGACACCGCGGGUAAACGGCUACGCGUUCGUCGACGCGCAGGCCCCAGAGCCAGACUCAGACUCGGACGCGCCCGAAGACCUACUCGAGCGGUUCGGCGUGAGCGCAAGCAAAGCCGCGCCGUUCAGCAUGGCCGAAGCGAGCGAGCGGGAGAAAAUGCACCACAAGAUGGUGGACACGAUCGGCGCGAAGCGCACCGCGAGCGCGAAUGGAAAAGCAGGCCCGGUGGGUAAGGGCCUGGGGAUCUUCACAAGCGAGACUCCACGGUUCUUGUCUGCGCCCACGCCCGCGCAGAGACUUGGUGCGCAGACGCCAGGCAAGAAGGCCAAGGGCGAUUUGACGCCCGCGGCGCAGAGGCUGUUUGACAGGAUGGGUAAGACGCCGCGAGCAGGCGGAGGAGGGUUCGGG